AUGGUGAAAGUUCUCAAGACCAAGCCCCCGAAAACACAGUUGAUACCACAAAUGAUAGUUGUUGGGAAACAACAGCAAAAACAUGCAAAGCGUGCAAUCUUAAUAGCAGUACCAAGAAGUGUGACAGUGCCAAUACACUCCUACAGUAAACCCCUGAAACAUCCGGCCUCAAGUACAUCAGACCCAGUUCAACCAAUGGAUGUUCAGAUGGCCGUGUUUCAUUGUGCUGAUAGUUUCCUGAAGCAGCUGAUGGUGACUAAACUGUCUCAGUGUCAGUAUGCUCUGCCUCUGCUUGUACCUGAUCCAUUCACACAACACAUUGAGUUUCCUCUCUGGACAUUCAGACAAAUCAACAAGAGCUGGAAGACAUUUGAUGAUACACGUAAAAUCAUCAGUAAAGUCCAGUCAGUCUGUAAGGCAGAAACUCCAAUGGUGUGUUUCUUCAGGUUUGGCUCAGUGUCCUCAUCCAAGUCUCAGCUGAUGAACAGUCUGAUCAAUGAGAAACACAACACGUUCUUCCACAGGAACUGCCCAGGCAGCAGCAGAACCAGAGCACUGAUGGAUGGAGUGGUGGAGAUCGCCUGGUACUGUCCAUCUGGAAAAAACACAGAUACAUUUACUGACUGUGUUGCGUUCUGUAAUCUACAUGGAGAUGCAGGAGACCAUGAGAAACAGCUGCAGAUCCUGAUGGAAAUGUCCUCAGUCAAUGUUGCUGUUUUAGAAUGUCUUGAUGAACAAGAUAGAAGCUUUGCAAAGUUGUCAAAUCUUUACAAAGACAAAAAGCCACUCAUUUGCCUUUUUGCUGAAGAUGAAUCUACUGUCAUUGAGAUGGAGAAAGGGAAAUUCAAAAUUGGUUUGAAACACAUAAAUCUGUCAGAUGUAUCUGAGGAAAUCAGAAGAGCUAUAAAUGAUUGUCUCUCAGUCUCUUCAGAAUCAUCUUCCAUUUUCAGACUUGAAGAUGUGUCCAAACACUCAGGUAUCAGAGUAGAUGAAGAUGAUGAUGAAGACUGCAGGAGAGGAAAAGAAGCAGCACAACAGAUGAUGAGAUUACUGGAGAAUAAAGAUCUGACAAAAAUCAAAGAAUCAUUUCUGCCCUGUCAGGGAAAACUGUGGCAUCAGUGGUGUCAGAAGAACAAAGAACUACAUCGACCCCGAGGGGAUGAACUAGAAAUGGAGAUAAGUAGAAAGAAAACUGACAUGAAGAAAAUUCGUGAACAGCAGCAUGGAUCUAGCCUUAGUGACUCAAUGAAGCUCUUUAUUAUGGAAUUAUAUUCACCAGCUCAAAGGAUGAAUAGAAAUGAGAACAUAAUUAAGAUUUAUUUUCGGAAAUGGCUCAGAAUCCUCUUGGAUGAAUUCACCUCAGACAGCCUUUCUGUUCUUUAUCACAAGUAUGAUGAAAAGUGGUCUUUGCUCAGGGUAUUGAAAGACAGUAAUGAUAAAUCUAAGCUGACAGAUGAACAAUCAGAUCUUGACAGGAUUUCAAAAGAGAUUCAAGAUUCAGUGUUUGGUUUGGAGCACAUCCUGAGAGAGAUCGGUCAGAUCUAUGAAUCAUGUUCAUCUGUGAAGAAGAACAAGGAAGGUCUGCAGUUUCACUUCUCUUCUCUCCCGAGUCUCGCAGCAGAGAUGAUGAUCUCUGGAUUUCCUCUGGAGCUGAUGGAUGGAGAUGCUGCUCAUGUUCCUCUGAUCUGGAUCUCUGCUGUUCUAGAUGAACUCAAGGAGAAACUGGGAGACCAGAGAGUGUUUGUGCUGUCAGUUUUAGGGGUUCAGAGCUCUGGGAAAUCCACCAUGUUGAAUGCCAUGUUUGGACUGCAGUUUGCCGUCAGUGCUGGCAGGUGCACCAGAGGAGCUUUCAUGCAGCUGGUCAGAGUGUCAGAGGAGAUGAAAGCACAGCUGAAGUUUGACUAUAUUCUGGUGGUUGAUACUGAAGGACUUCAUGCUCUAGAACUGAAUGGAAGAUCAACGAGACUUCAUGACAAUGAACUGGCCACAUUUGUUGUGGGUCUUGGGCAUCUGACAUUGAUCAACAUCUUUGGAGAAAACUCCUCUGAGAUGCAGGAGACUCUUCAGAUUGUUGUUCAGGCCUUCCUGAGGAUGAAGAAGGUCAGACUGAAUCCCAGCUGCAUGUUUGUGCAUCAGAAUGUUUCAGACGACAGAAACAUGGAGGGAAGGAGACGACUGUUGGAGAAACUGGAUGAAAUGACAAAACUUGCUGCUAAAGAGGAAGUCUGUGAUGCAGAAAGAUUCAGUGAUGUCAUUCAUUUUGAUAUAUGGAAGGAUGUAAAAUAUUUUUCACAGCUGUGGGAGGGAAGCCCACCAAUGGCACCACCAAACCCAAACUACUGUGAAAAUAUUCAAAAGUUAAAGGAAUCUGUUAUUUCUCAUGCAUCUAAAUCAAAUGGCAUGAUGCUGGCAGACCUAAAAGUACGUAUUCAAGAUCUCUGGGAAGCUUUACUGAAUGAACGAUUUGUGUUCAGCUUCAGAAAUUCUCUGGAGAUUUCAACAUACAGGAAACUGGAGACAGAAUACAGCAAGUGGACCUGGAGUCUUCGGAGUGCCAUGCUGGAGACUGAACACAAGCUACACAACAAAAUAGAAAAUGAAGCAAUUCAUGAGGUUUAUGAAUCAAAUCUUCAAAGAGAAUUAAAAGAAAAGAGAGAAGAAGUGAACCAGUCAAUGUCAGAUUUUUUUGAGAAAGACAAAGAUAAAGAAAUUCUGAUUCAGUGGAAAACUUCAUUUGAAUUAAAAAUGGAAGAUGUUCAAGAAAACAUUGUGAGAGAAACAAAGAGAAAAUUAAACGAGAUUCUUCAACAGCGAGAUCUGAAGAAAGAGAUUGAUGCUCAGAGGACACAUCAUGAAAACACUCUGUUUGAAAAGAGCAAAACACUCGCCUUAACACUCAAAGACAAAGCAAAUGAUGAAGAAACACUGAAGAAAGAGUUUGAUUGCUUUUGGGAACAGCAUGUGAAGAAGAUAAUCGGAGACACUCCUACAAUCAAAGACAUUGACAUAUUAAGAGAUGUGAAACAACUCUUCAGUGAAAUCUAUGAAAGUUCUCCUGCAGAUCACUGGAGGGAGAACAGGGAUAUUUUCUGUGUUCCGAGUUAUUCAGAUUAUGUACAGUUAAAGAAAUCCAGUGGAUUUACAGGACCUGCUAGAAAUCUCUACAGAGGAGCAAAAGAGAUGUUUGGUGUUGCUCUGUCUAAAGAGGAUAAAACACAAAUAAGAUCGUUAGUCUGUGAAAUUGCUCAUGAGACAGACAAAAAGAUCCUGUCAUUUAACAUUUCAAAGAUGGGCUACAACAUCAGCUACAUUCAACAACUGAUAGAUUACAUCAAGGCAAGAUUAAUAAAACAUCAAAAAGGACCAUUGAAAUAUGUGUUCAAGAAUGAAUUCUUCAUGGAUUUGGUGCUUUCUAUCUGUAAGAGAUCAAACAAGACAUUCACUGACCAACACAAACUGUUCAGAGACGCCAAUGAUCCUGUUCUCUACAUGGAGAAGAAGAGAGGAGAGUACUUCAGUGUUUUCCAGAAAUAUUGUAAAGGUGCUUCAUCAGCUGCUGUUUUUGGUGAGAUCAUCUGUCAGAAACUGAAAGAUCCCAUUGAACAGAGUGUCUACAAAAACACUGCCAGAGAUUUAGCAGAUGAAAUGAGAACAAACUGUCAAUCACUGAAUGGAAACAGAUCUAAACUGGAGAAACACAUCCUGAAGACACUGGCAGAAGAGGAGGAUUUUAACAAAUACAUGAACUACAUUAAACAUCCCAGAGAUCACUUCAAGAGUUUCAUCAGAGCUGAAGUCAGUCAGUACAUCACUGAUAAGUUCAGUGUCAGUGUUCGGCCCAAAAUGAUGAAGAACAUCAAACUCCUGCAGCAGAAGAUCAUGAACGCAGCUCAUGAAUCUACUGAACAUGUUCAAGUGAACAGUGGAGAUGUUGAUUUGUGGUUGAAGUGUUUCACACAGAAGCUCUCAGAUGUGCUGAUAUUCUCUGUUAAAGACUUCAGUGGAGUGAGUCAUGAUGGUGUUGAUGAUUUCAAACUCUUAGAAGAUGUGAUGAGAAAGGAACUUCCUUCAGUAAUGUCUGACAUAAGCAGUAAAUUCAGUACAGAAACUUUUAAAUUGAAGCUGGACUGUAAAUACAGACCAGAUGAGAUUCUGAUUGAUCAUUUCUGUCAGUGCUGUUGGGUUCAGUGUCCUUUCUGUGCUGCAAUCUGCACCAACACAAUAGAAGACCAUGAAGGAGAUCACAGUGUUCCUUUCCAUCGAGUCAAUGGACUGAUCGGAUGGCAUUAUGAUAGAACACGGGAUUUCCGUGCUGAUUUUUGUACAACUGUAGUGACAAGUGAUAAAUCAUUUAAAUCAUCAGGUCAAUGGUUUCCAUACAAAGAAUACAGAAGAGCAGGAGAUGAUUAUGCUAAGUGGAGCAUCACUCCUGACUUCUCUCAGCUGCCGUACUGGAAGUGGUUUGUGUGCAGAUUCCAGAAAGAUCUGGAAAAGUAUCAUGAUAAAAAGUUCCAGGGCUUGGGUCAGAUUCCACAUGAGUGGAAGAAGCACUCAAAGCGAGAUGCUAUUGAGAGUCUGAAUAAAUACUUUUAA